AUGGUAGACAAGGAACCGGGUUCGCCUACCUGGAAGUUCACGCAGUGCUUCGGUGAUAAGGGCGAUGUGGAGGAUAUCACAGAAGCGGAUAUCAUCUCAACCGUUGAGUUCGAUCAUACCGGAAAUUAUCUAGCCACGGGAGACAAGGGUGGGAGAGUAGUGCUGUUCGAGAGGAACGAAACGAAAAAAACCUGCGAGUAUAAGUUCCACACCGAAUUUCAGUCGCACGAGCCGGAGUUCGAUUAUCUAAAAUCCCUAGAGAUCGAAGAGAAGAUCAACAAAAUAAAAUGGUGUAGACGAUCAAAUGCAUCCCAUUUCCUCCUGUCGACUAAUGAUAAGACGAUAAAGCUAUGGAAGGUGUUCGACAAGUCGCUGAAGGUCGUUGCGGAAAACAACCUCUCCAGCGAGCUGACGCCCGCCGGCGUUGGUGGCGGAGGGGCACCCCGCGCGCCCCGUCAAUCGUUCAAGGAUCCUUCCCUGCUGAAGCUUCCUCGGAUGACACACCAUGAUACCGUCGUGGCCGCCGUCCCCCGGAGGACAUACGCUAAUGCACACGCCUAUCACAUCAACAGUAUCUCCGUCAACAGCGACGGGGAAACAUUCAUCAGUAGCGACGAUCUGCGGGUGAACCUGUGGAACCUUAAUAUUCAAGAUCAGAGCUUCAACAUCGUCGAUAUCAAGCCGGCGAACAUGGAGGAGCUGACGGAAGUGAUCACGGCCGCCGAAUUCCAUCCCACCAGCUGCAAUUGGUUCAUGUAUGCCAGUUCCAAGGGUACCAUCAAGCUUGCCGACAUGCGACAGCGGGCGUUGUGUGACGAGCACCAUAAAAUCUUCGAACAAGAAGAAGAUGCCUCCUCCCGUUCCUUCUUUUCCGAAAUCAUCUCCUCCAUCUCCGACGUGCGAUUCUCGAAUGACGGCCGAUACAUUGUGUCGCGAGACUACCUGACGGUCAAGAUCUGGGAUGUCAACAUGGAGAGGCAACCAGUGAAGACCAUCCCCAUCCACGAACACCUGCGACCCCGCCUGUGCGACACGUACGAGAACGACAGCAUCUUCGACAAGUUCGAGGUGGUCUUCUCGGGCGAUGCCGAGAAUGUUAUGACCGGCAGUUACAACAACAACUUUAUGAUCUACCCCACCGAACAGAGCAAGGAGACGGAGAUCGUGCUACAGGCAGACAAGUCGGCCUUCAAGGCGAAGAAGGUGGGCGUGCCGACGCCGAUGAACAAGAACGCCAACGGGAAGAAGAACGGCUCUCGCGCUGGUAGCCCUGCCGGUCCUGGUAGCCGCAUGAGGAAGGAGACCGAUGCGGAUCAGAUCGACUUCAACAAGAAGAUCCUGCACAUGAGCUGGCAUCCUUACGAAGAUAGUAUUGCCAUUGCGGCCACCAACAACCUAUUUGUCUUCUCUGCAUUGUGGCCCUCCAGCGCACCCGGGGAUGGACCAGAUGAAUCAACAGCCUCGCCCAUUGGGCUCCUAUGGGUAAGUGAUAGCGACCCUGUCCCGUCUUUGUGUUUCAACGUCAUGUUCAAGUCCAUUCAGAAAACUGACUCGGUUAUCCUGCGCCCGCUCUAUAGACAAAACCCACCGCCUCAGCAAGGCCCCUAUCACCCGAGCCAACCAGCCAGUCACUCCCUGCCGGGGCUGGCGGAACUGAGCCAGAGCCACGCUGGUCCCCAUCAGCCUACCCCAUAUGGCCAGCACCCCUCUGCCGCCUCCCAUAGUGCCGGUCACUCGCUGCCAGGCAUCGGCCAGGCAAUGCAGCACCCGUCUCCUCAGACCAUCAACCGAGAGCGGGAGCGCGACUCCAGAGAGCGCGAGUUGCUAGAGAGACACCGUCAGGAGGAGAUGGCGCACAGAGAGCGCGAGCAGCGCGAACGCGAACAGAUCGAAAGACAGCAGCUGGAGCGACAGCGCGAACAGCAGCAUCACCCCGUGCAGAGCCACACCGGGUCGAUUCCCUUACAUCAGCCCGUCGCCUCGAAGGUGCCGAACUCGAUUCACGGUCCCAAUGGACUCCUGUCCAAUCUGGGCUCCAACCCGCAGAACGGCCCUCAAGGCCCGAUGCAGACGUCAGGGGCCCCUGGUUCAAUUUAUGGACCCCAGAUGCAGCACGGCGAGGGCACUCCCAGGUCGUUUAUGCAGCAUCCUGCUGGUCCGCCUGGACAGCCUAUGCUGGCUUUUAAUACCUCCGGCCCUCAGAUCCCGGGUAAUGUGGCUGCACUUGCGCAAGGCCAACAGCCGAUUUUGAAUGAUGCGCUUAGUUAUCUGGAUCAAGUCAAGGUUCGCUUUGUUGACCAGCCGGACGUGUACAACAGGUUUUUGGAUAUAAUGAAAGACUUCAAGAGCCAAACCAUCGACACUCCUGGUGUUAUCCAGCGCGUUUCUUCAUUGUUCAACGGACACCCAGCCCUCAUCCAAGGGUUCAAUACAUUCCUGCCGCCCGGGUACCGAAUUGAAUGCGGGACCGAAGAUAACCCAGACGCAAUUCGAGUGACCACCCCCUCAGGGACAAAUACUUUGAGUAUGCCGCGGACUCGUCAAUCAAUGGAGGCGUCCGGGGAAUUGGGACCGCCUAGUUCCAUGGGACCUCACGGUCGCCCCGACUUCUUUGACCAAUCUCGUCCUGGUUGGCAGCAACAACCCCAGCAUCAACCGCCCCAGCAACCCCAGCAACAGCAGGGCAACAUGGCAGGUUCGUAUUCACCGGGAUCGCGCAUGAUGGGACCUGGCAUGUUCGGACAGCAGAACGGACAAAGUCACCCACAGGAACACCAUUUUGAGUACCCCACACAGCAAGAGCAGCAGGCUGCCGCCGGUGCGGCGGCCAUGGCUCAUCAGCAAGAUCAGCGUGGAGUAUCGCAGCUUCAGGGCGCAGCCUCGGCUGCCUCUGCAGGUCUUGGACGUCCCGGAUUGCUUCAGGUAUCUCCUGCAUCGGCUCAGAAUUCUAGCUUGAACCAGCCCAUGAAUAGCCUAGCGGGCGUCGGUUCUGGCAUGCUCCAGGGUUCCCAGGCCGAUCUGAACAAACGCGGACCGGUCGAGUUCAACCACGCGAUAAGUUACGUGAACAAGAUCAAGAACCGCUUUUCGAGUGCCCCAGAGAUUUACAAGCAAUUUUUGGAAAUACUCCAGACUUACCAGCGCGAGUCGAAACCGAUACAGGACGUAUACGCUCAGGUGACUCAGCUAUUCAAUACUGCCCCCGAUCUCCUGGAGGAUUUCAAGCAGUUUCUUCCCGAGUCCGCCGCUCACGCCAAACAGCAAGCCGCUGCGCGUCAAGCCGAGGAGGCUGCAGCCGCAGCCGCCGCAGCACCUAUGAGCAAUCUGCGUGGAGAAGGCAACUUUUCUGGUGGUGCAACUCUUCCUUCUCAGACACCCAAUCGAGACGUCAAGAUGCCUCCUCUGGGUCAGUUCAAUGUGAAGGAUUCGGGCAAAGAAGGCAAGAAACGUCGCGGGGGCCCUGGCGCUCCCACGGGAAUGGGCUCCUCGGCUUCAGGACCCUCCGCAGCGACCGAAGCUGCACGCCUACCUGAUGCUCAAGGAGGUCGAGCUCCGGCCAUCCAGCCUGGUAAUGCCAACAAGCGAGCCAAGGUCCAUCAUCCCAAGACAGCCCAGGCAGACGCCCCUGCCGUCUCGCCAACUCUUGUUCCCGCCCUCCCUGAACCGAUCCAGCCUACUUUCUCGUUGACUCCCAGCCAAGAGGAGUUUGCCUUCUUCGAUCGUGUCAAGAAAUACAUUGGCAAUAAACAGACCUUCAACGAGUUUCUCAAAUUGUGCAACCUGUACUCUACCGACCUUAUUGACCGCCACGUCCUGGUGAAGAGAGCCGCUGGUUACAUUGGUUCCAACCCCGAGCUGAUGGCAUGGUUUAAACGCUUUAUGCACGUUGACGAACCCGAGGACAAGAUCAUCGAGCCCAAGCCUAGGGUUGAGCCGGGUAUUGUUAAUUUGUCCCACUGCCGUUCCCUGGGACCUAGCUAUCGUCUUCUGCCAAAACGCGAAAGACAAAAGCCAUGCAGUGGCCGUGAUCAGCUCUGCUACAGCGUCUUGAAUGAUGAGUGGGCUUCUCACCCUACGUGGGCCUCGGAAGACUCCGGCUUUGUGGCGCAUCGCAAGAACCAAUAUGAAGAUGCCUUGCACCGUAUCGAGGAGGAUCGCCACGACUAUGACCACCACAUCGAGGCGUGCACUCGCACAAUCCAGCUGAUCGAACCCAUUGUUCAGCAGUUCCUGGUGAUGUCCGAGGCGGAGAGGGCAGCUUUCAAACUCCCCCCUGGUCUGGGUGGGCAGAGUGAGGCGAUCUACCAGCGCGUCAUCAAGAAGAUCUAUGAUCGACAGCGUGGCGAAAAGAUCGUCCAAGAGAUGUUCGAACGGCCUUGCCACGUGCUUCCCAUCCUGCUGUUCCGUUUGAAGCAGAAGUCGGAGGAAUGGAAGGCGAGUCAGCGUGAGUGGGACAAGAUCUGGCGCGAGCAGAUGCAGCGGGCCUACUGGCGCAGCUUAGACCACCAGGCCAUUGCCAGCAAGGGCAUCGACAAGAAACUUUUCGUGGCGAAACACCUGCAGAACGAGAUACAGAGCAAGUUUGAGGAGGGCAAGAACCUCCGCAAGACCGGGUUCCAGGUUCCCAAGCAUCAGUAUGAGUUCACCUUUGACGACCCGGCCGUUCUGAUCGAUGCCACCCACUUGCUCCUGACCUUCAUCGAUCGCAACUCCGCUGGAUUCGGAGCCGACCCACAGAAGGUCACCAACUUCAUCAAGGACUUCAUUCCCUUAUUUUUCGGCAUGGAUCGGGAGUCGUUCCAUCUGUACAUGAACGAGGUCGCAAGCGGUACUUCUCCAAUUGACGAGGGCGAUGACGAAAGCCUGGCUGCGGAAGAAACCUCCACCCCGCGUAUCCGCAAGCCUGUCAAUGGCAAGAAGAUCGACCUGCUCCGUGACGUCCUGGAGCGACGCAGCGAGAAAGCCAACCGCAGCGAGAAGGAGAGUGGCAGCGCCCCGGCCAGCCGCGACGGUACUCCGGACGCCGUUCUCAUUCCGUCGACGCCCAUCCCCGACCCCACCGAAACCUUCGACGUGGCGGAGCUCAAGUGGAUGGAGCACCCCGGUCAGGGCAACUUCAACGUGAAGCGGGAAUACACCUUGAACGAAACCUACGAGAAGAAGGUUCAUCACUUGUACUCCAACCUGAACAUCUUCUGCUUCUUCCGCACUUUCGAGAUUCUCUACGCGCGCCUGCUUCGCAUCAAGGUGCACGAGAAGGAUGCCCACGAGGAUGUCCGCCGUGCUCUGAUGGCCAAGCCUGCGCAGGAGCUCAACCUGAUCGACAAGAUCCCCACCGACUUCUUCUACGACUGCGAGCCCACGGCCAACCUGUAUUCCCAGGUGGUACGCAUGUGCGAAGAGGUUAUUAAGGGCGACCUGGAGCCGGUGCAUUUGGAGGAGACUCUCCGCCGGUAUUACCUGCGCAGCGGCUACCAGCUGUACAAUCUGGAGAAGAUGUUCACGGGUAUCGCCAAGUUUGCCGGGGCUAUCUUCAGCGGUGACGCCAAGGAUCGCAGCUCGGACAUCAUCAACCUCUUUUUCAAGGAGCGCGAGAAGGAGCAGACCACGCACAACCAGGAGAUCCAGUAUCGUAAGCAGGUGGAGCGGCUGAUCAAGGACGGAGACAUUUUCCGUAUCACUUUUAGCCCUACCAGCAAGAAGGCCUACAUUCAGCUCCUGACUCCGGAAGACUCGACGUUGGAGAAUGCCCAGUUGAGCCAGGAGGCUCGCUGGUCGUACUACGUCUCGGCCUACACCAUGCGGGAUCCCACGGAGGGAGUGCCGUUCUCGCAGAUGCGCAUGCCCUUCCUCAAGCGCAACCUGCCCGGCAAACUGGAGCAAGAGGAGGAGUACAACCGAUUCUAUCGGCCGUUGGUGCACCUGGACGGACUCAUCAUUCGCAUCUGUGCCAACAGCUACCACAUCCUCUACGAGCCCGGUAGCUACGACUGGUGGUGGCGGCCCAUCGCGGCGUCGGACGAGUCGGGCGACGAAGCUGCCAAGGAGGCGGCGGCGGUCAAGGAGCGACGACGCGAUCGGUUCACCGAGAAGUUCGUGAACAACCCCAGCUGGGCGCACGGGCUGAGCAAGGAUCAGGUGGACGAGUCUAACCAGCGGUUCCGUUCCUGGGUCAAGGGGACGGAGACGGAGGGUGGUACCACCGCACCGGAUGCGCCGACAUCCGAGAAGCAGGAGGGCGCAGACCAGAAGGAAGAUACGGAGAUGGCAGACGCCGAGCCCGCCGCUUCGGAGACCAAGGAGCAGGUGUAA